AACAACCACUGCUUUAUUUCUUCCCUCCAGAGGAAUGCUGGUGGUUUUUCUACUUGAUCAUUUUAGAACUCAAAAUAAACAGCAGUAAGUUGAGAUUGAAGAUUUCUUGUCAGAAUUUUCCAAUCUCCUUCCUUCCUAUGCACAGACACAUGCAUUCACACGCUUGCCUUGUUUAUGCAGGAAAGAUCAAGCACUAGUUAGUUUUCUGUUAUGAAUUGUGCACACACAAAAAAGGACUUGAUGUAUAAAUAAACCAGAAAGCACUCCAGUUACCCUCACUAAAUAAGGGAGAGGCAUGUCCUGACAGUCAGUGCUUCAGCAGGGCAGUGUGUUCCCCAAGGGCUCUUUGUAUAUUUCCCAUCUUUAGAUAAAAUCAUACUUGUUUCUCUCAAAACAAGCACUAGCUGUCAUUUGUUGCUUGUGUUUUUCCUGUGCAAAAUCCUGCAAAUUUGAGGACAUGUAGUGAAGAGGUAAUUAGUGUUGUAUCAUUCAUGUGUAAAUAGCAAGUCAGUUUAAUUUUUUAACUUUGCAAGCUAGCAUAGCAGUUUAAUUUCCUGUUUGCCUAGCUGUGCUCGUUUCCUACAGACAUGGUUAAACUUAACUUUAAAUCAGAUUUAAAGUUGUUUCAUAGUUGAAGCGUGUUCUAACGGUCUGCUUCUAUAAAUAUUUCUUAAAUAUUGCAAGAGAGUCACUGGGCAUGUGAUCUAUCAAUGGGUGCCAUAACUGUUAUGAAUUAGGUGCUCAUGCUGGAACUGGUUCAUAAUGGAACACAAGGAAACAUGACCGUGGUAAUCUCAAUUUCAGCUGGGGCAGAGGAGUAGGGAUCAGAGAUUGUUGAAUGAGAGAGGCAGAAAUCUGGAAAGGUUCCUGGGAAUUUAAAGUGAUGGAGAUGAUGGGAAUAGGUUUAGUGUACUGUCUCUGGAAUUUAAAUAUUCUGGCAUCCUUCACACACCCUUUUCAGGAUGGGGCUGAGACAUAGUAAAUGAUUCCAGGCAGCCUCACUGUUUCCUUGCCUAUUGUUUAGAAAACUGGCAUGAGCCUCAAGAAUGGUCAGGAUCACCUGGGUUAACACGUGUGGUAGAAACUAGGAGCUGGAGCUGUCAUUUUGGGGUAGGGUGUAGCUUGUAUGUGGCUAACUUGGGUUCUAGUUUAGGGUUUAGGCAAGGCAAGGAGCUAGAGGUUUGGUGUGCCUUUUAAGUUACCAGUUGAGUGACGAUGACUUCAGGAGAGGUAUCUGAGAUCUUAUGUCCAGUAGGGAGUUCUGAAACGAGUUGUUUCUUAAUUUCCCACUUCCCUGUGGUGUCAGCUUUGAGUCUUCUCUGCCUCACAAAGAGAUCCUGGAAAAAAAGUUUGCAGAUGAAAUUUAAAAUAAUGCCAUUUUGCUGAGAACUGAGUAUAAGGAUACUCAAAGAUUCAAAUCGUAUGGAUACCUUUUCUGGAGAGAAGUCAGUCGUUUCCCUGUAGCUUAACUUUAAUCUUCAUGCCAGUUAAACAUGUAUAUUAUGGAUCUACUGCAAGAAAGUCUGAUGAAAUUGUUGCCUCCACCUGUUAGCUAGAACAGUCUCCUUUUUUGUAGGAUUCAUUCUCAGGAACUCAUAAUUGCAGUGCUUGCAUGGGUCUCAGUCAAAAAUCUGUAUUUUCUUUACUAAUGAUUAUCUUCCUCAAGCACAUUUGAGAGAAAAGAGACUGAUAGAGGAACACAUGGAAAAUAAGUCAUUCAGUCUAAAUCAGGGUAGGAGGGAGAGGAUUUGUGGGGCUGUGAUGUUAAGUCUCCCCAGCAACAUCAGAUUUUAGUAGAGUUUGACUGAUAAGACAAUGCACUGCUCCUCAAUCUCUUGAGUAUUAGGUCCAGCAAACAAAUGGCAAGGACUUGCUUUAAUUCUGCUUCGAAGCAUUUUGAACCUUAAAAGAUUUUGUGUGUGUGUGUGUGUACACCAGUCUGGCAAGGAUAACUGAUUUCCAACAGUCCAGCUGUGCAUGGAGGGGAGGGGGGAUUUUUUCGGCAUGGUUUUUAGAGGGUGGAGCCGCGGUCUUCAGGAGAGAGGUCUGCUCAACCAGUCAGUGUGUCAGUCUCUGCAGGAGUUUGCAGAGACUGUCUGUCUGCAUCCUGAUGUGAAGGGAUUUGUGGCCUGACUGGGCAAAGUUGUUUUUAUGCUCGUGAAGUUUCCAAGCAUUUCAAUACUUUGAAAAGUUGAAGAAUUCCUUCCAGCGCGUUGUUCCUGGAAGAAGCGAUGCCCCACCACAGAGUUCCUCACCUGGUCCUGCUGGCACUCGCUGGAGUCCUGGUCCCUGCUGUGCUAACAGCAGAGCACCCACAGGGGCCAGUCCCCACACUGUGGAAUGAGCCGCCGGAGCUACCUUCAGGAGCAGGCCCCUUUGACACCACCACCGCAGCCCACGUCUCUGACUCCACAGGCUUCCCCCCUUACACCUCGGAGUAUGAGCCCGAGGACACAACCCACCUCCACCGGCUGGAUGAUGGGAAUGGGGCUCUGGGUCCUGGAGCUAUCGGUGCCAUCGUCAUUGCCGCUCUUCUGGGCACAUCUGUGAUCGUGGCCUUGAUUGUCAUCACCCUGCGGAAAUUCUCGGCCUCCUGAACUCAAUAAAAGUCUUUUCAUAAGAACUGUC